GGGUUGAGCCAGGAGGGAAGGGGUGUGCCAUUAUAAGAAGCCUCAGAGGAGGCAUGAUUUCAGUUGUUGAAACCCUUAGCCUAAGGAUACGAGCUGAGCCACCAAACUCCUCCACAGAAGGAAGGACUGAGAGAUAUCCAUACGUCACACGUACAGGCUGAACCCAGAUCCCACUGAUUCUACCUCCCAGAUUCUCCAGCUGUUAUCUCCUUGUUUUAGUCUCUUCCACCUGCUGGGCUCCUGUUCGUCCCCGCCUCUGUGGGUGUACUGAGCGAUGAAGAUCCCUCUGUGGUGCCUGGUGGUGCUGCUGGCGUGUCUCUUCACACCUGGACGCAGUGACUGCCAGGGGGAAUGCGUGGCCUGCGGUCUGCUCCUGCAGCAGCAGCAGCUGCAGCAAGCCUUCAACACCAUGGUGUGUUUGCUGGAGUGUGAGGGCCACAUCUCCUCUUCACUCACAUGGGAAGUGUGUAAACAUGCCGUGAAGCUGUCACACCACCCCACACUUCCUGAGGGAGGCGCUCUGUUCAAGAGAACAGGAGAGGAGCUGGACCUGACCUCUCUUGACCUGAACUCAGACAGUGAACUGCUGCAGCCUGCGGCUGCAGAGCGUUUCCAGGGGGAGGAUGAAGCCGAGACACCCUUUGAGCAACGCAGUGUCCAGUAUGACUCAUCACUGCUGGAAUCCUCUGAGGAGGGGGAGGGCCUGCAGGGUCUGGAUCUCGGUGCGGCGGAUGAAGAGAGGAAGAUGAGGGAGGACAGGAACGUGGAGAGCGACAGCCAGCUGGAAGGGGAAGAGGACGACAGCUCGCAGGGUAUCACCUUAUCCAAGCGCUUCGGUGGCUUUCAGAGGGGGCGCCACGGAUACAGGAAGCUGAUUGGCUCGCCCAUGAGGCCCCUGCAGAAGCGCUACGGCGGCUUCAUAGGCGUCCGGAAAUCUGCCCGCAAAUGGAACAGUCAGAAACGGGUGAACCAGCUGCUCAGGCAGUACCUGGGCAUGAGGAGCAGCCGCAGUGGCAGGUUCAACAACGUCCCCGUGACUCGGGUUUGGAGGCAAAACAAACUGUAACGUGUGUUUCUGUUGCUUUCACGGAAUCCUGCCCCAGUUACCUCAACCUACAAGUCAUCUUUUUUUUUUUUUUUUUUCCCAGCCGCUCACUCCAGUUUGAACUGUGACGUCGCCAUUGUCAUCUGAAGAAUGGACUCUGCCAUCUUGCUGCACAUCUCUUUGUGUCUCUAAGUAACAAAGAAUGUUUUGACCGUGAUGUCCUUCUUAUUAAGCAUAUUUACAUGCCAUUUUGUGAAAUAAAAGAAUUAGAGAAGUGCAAUUGAAUAUAUUUUUGUGUGUUGGUAUAAUAAAAGGGGCCAAAUGAGAUUGGAAAUCUGGUUUACUGCAAGGUUUUUUAGACCUUAGGGUGUGACGUUAAAAAUCGUGUUGACUGCACUUUCAUGCAUGUGUGGAUGGGAACUGUGUCAUGGCUUCAGCAGUUUUUUUUUGCACUCGGCAGAUUGGAAUGGAGUGGACGUAUAUGUGUAACUACAACAUAGGUUUUUAAAAUGGCAUUUUGUGGAUUUGGAACUGAGCAAAUCGCAUAGAGCUAACUAUUUGCCUUCAACUGCACUAUAACUGCUAAGCUUCCCACACGUCAGAGCAGAAACAAGCUGUGGAAUCAAAUUGGAAGUAAACCAGGACUGUGCUUUCAAGACGGUUCAAUCAGAUGUAAAUAUAGUCGGACGGCUGGAUUGCUGACGCACAAUCUGUUAAUUACUAGUGUAACAAUCCUAUUUUGUGCAUAGAAAACUUAAUUAAUUGGACACAAUGGAGGUAAAAUUGGUUUUCUAAACUUUUUCAACUCGACAAAAUUCUGCCUUAUUCCUCAAGAACAAAAAGCCUUGUUCCCAUCGCAUCAUUAUUACUGUUAAAAAUGUUUUUGUCCUUUCUAUUGUAUUCCGGCAUUCGUGGUUAAGCGGAACUUUUCAGUGCAAACCUUACCAAUAAUGAGUUUGUCUUUAGGAAACGAAGAGCAGGUUGGCAGCCUCCCAUGGUCUCCUGUCAGUGGAACAACACUGCCCUCUAGUGCUCGAGGUACAGACAUGUUGCUCUUGGAUACUGACUUGGGAUCAGUUUUAUAUACGCCCCAAGUAACAUUUUACUUUAACACAAGAGAGCGCAUGGUAAAUCAGCAAGUCAGCCACAUUCGUAUUGAUAUAACAAUAACAAUAAAAAGAAAAACACUAGAAAGCUUUUCUCCAGUAUCUCACAUUCUUACAGUAUUUGCAGUUUCCGUAUGACCGCUCAUAAUUCCUUAUCCACGUCAAGGGUCGAAGAGUAAAAGGUGUUGUAUGCUGUGUAUUUUGACUGUAAAGCCCUGUGUGGCAAAUUUGUGCUUUGUGAUAUUAGACUAAAUAAAAACUGACAGAACACUU